CUGUCUGGCAACGCCGUCACUGAGUGUGAGUUCUUUUUUGUGCUGGUUUACAACAUAAAAGUGCUGCUCGCUCGAUGUUCGUACAGUAAAUAAAUUAAAAUCAUCUACAACCGGGCGGCCAGAGAAGCGAUUGGCUUGCGAGGACGGUCAAAACGGUGGACUACCAACCGAUUUCCUGGUCAAUUCCAAAAUCAAAACCGAGAGUUGGUCCAAAGUGCGUGCGAGUGUGUUGGUGCGUUUCGUUUCGCGUGUGUGCCAGUGUGUGUGUGCGUGUGUCGUCGUAGCAGCAGCAGCACCACCACCAGAAGAAGAAGCACAAGCAGCAGCAGCAGCAGAAAAGGAGCAGCGGAAGAAGAAGAGAAGGUAGUCCAGGCAUUUGCCGGAACGGGAAAGGAACCGUAACUUGGGACCCACUCGUCCCGACCUGACCCGAAGGCAGAGCGUGCGAGAGAGUGAGACGCAAGGAGAAAUGCAACAACAACCGGAGUUGGGCAGCGAGGAGAGCUGGCUGGAGGAGCAGUGUCACCGCGAAAUCCACGGCCAGCAUGACGAGUUCGAACGGGAGUAUGUGCGUCAGCGGGACAACAAUCUGAGCACCGUGUGGGGAGCAUUCCAGGAUUCGGCCACCGCCGUCGCCCAGCUUUACAGAGAGCGCUCGUCGAACACAUAUUCCUCAGACACAGGCGCCCUUUGGCUGCCCUUCCAGACCGCAGCUGGCACUGUGACAACACUCUACAAAGAAUCAUGUGAUGGUCUCAAACGCACCAGCGACGCUGCCAUUCAGUGCGGCUACCAAAGACGCACUCGCGAGUUGGCCGAUUGGGCGCGCAGCAAAAAACGCCGGAUGAUACGGCGCGAGGAUCUCCUGGCCUAUUUGGCCGGAAAGCCCCUACCGCCAUCCAACUCAAAUCCACAUGCCAAUCGUCGCUCGCCGAAACCGGAGCACCAUCACCAGAGCGGCAGCGGCGGCUCUGGCCUGGGAUUCCACAGCUCCGGACUGGGCCUGCCCAGUGGUCCGCCCUCAGCCGCCGGCGGCGGACACCUGCUGUCCGCCGGAGCAGCCGGUGGCCGUCAGGAGGGGUCGGCCGGCGCCCCUGGCGGCGGAAUCGGCGACGAUUUGCACACCUUCAAGGAGGCCUUGGUUUUGCGUCCACGUGGCCCGGAACUAUUCGCAUUUGUUGCCAACGAAAUCGCGCGCCAUUGCAAGCGUCCCGGCAGUCCCAUCGACGACAAAAUGGACAUUUGCCACUACAGCAGUAAACGCCAGCGCUUCAUGUAAUCCAAUACCAACGGCGAACCCAGCCAGCCCAAAGCAAAGCUCCCGGUCAUCGAAGCACCAAUCCAACCCACUCCACCUCUGGAAUCGAAAAGGAGACACUGCGCGGGAAAUUGAUUGACCGCCGGUCUGCUGUCAAAGGCUUGCGAGAACAUAAAAUGUAAAUUUAUGUUUAGUUUUUCGGUUUUAAGGUGGCCUACCAUAUUUUUUUUUAUAAAAACCCUUUUCCUCACUCCCUGCACACCUACAUACAGCAAAUGUACGUAAUACACACAAAAAUCACACAUAAAUUAGUUAAGUUACGUUUUAGUUGAUAGCACGUAAGGAAAAAUUCAUGCUGAUAGUGAUGACAGCAGAAGAUGUUUAUGUUGAAUACGAUAAUGCCGCCGUUCGGGCACUAUUACACAAACUGUUGAUCAUUGUCAUCAUGCAUUGCACGAAACGGAGUGAAGAGGAGUUUUGGAGUACGAUAUCUGUUAUAUGCCAGCUGUGCGUCUGAGUUAAGAAUAAGCGAAGCAGUAAUAGUGAAAGGUAUUGUAAAGAGUAUAUCCCCCUUUUUGCGCUAUGCAAACAACCACAAAUGAAGCUGUGUAAAUACAAAACUAAGAGACACCACAAGAAAACCGAGACAGUAAUACAACGUUACAUGUAUACACUAUUUGUAUAUGCUACUUAAAGUCGCCUAUCCCGCCUCAUUUCACCCAAUUUUCGAAUCCUAACGCAGCUCCAGAUGCUAUAUCUAAGUGGUGUCUUCCCCCCGAAACCGAAAACUAAAUUCCACCUUGCAAAAUCUAAUCUAAAACGAAAGUAUUCCCGUAACUGAAUGAGGGCGGAUGAAGGGAAGCGAAAACUUGGAUCGAACCAUUGGUAUUGCCUGGUUCCAGAACACCGAAGUAUGAGGGUAGAGUCCGUCCUGCAAUGCCAAUGGUUCCAUCUAGUUGAAGAGGUCGCGAAAGCCCAACCGAAAACUAUGAUAAACAAUCUGUGGUGAUUGUAACUUCAAGCUAGCCAGGUUAUACCAUAUACACAACAUCUAUUUAUAUGUAGCUAUGUAUAUGAAUAGCAUACGAAGAUGUAAUAUUGAUCCGCGUAGUUGGCACAUGGAGGAAAGAACAAUCCGGCAGCAGAGAAUUACUAAAGCAGCAUACACUGGUCUGCAUGAGUAUUUUGACGAAACAAAAGUUGGAUAUACUCAUAAUUUGAACUUACUUCAUGAAAACUUUGGCAUCAAUCGAAAGGUAAUUUAAAUGCCGUUUGAAUGAUGCAAAAACUUUCCUUAACCCAUUCAGUACUUAUUGAAAAGAACGAAAUUGUCAAAAAAUCUACUUUUUAAACUGUUUCCCCCGUCUCGAAAACGUAAAUUUUGUUAUGCAAAAAGUUUCUUUAAACAAAAAUAAUAGUGACUGCAAACAAAUUUUUUUAGAAACCAUUUUGCUUAUAUUUUUUAUGAUUUUUCGAAGGUGACAGUGUCGGAAAAAAUUUUAUGGAUAAGAGAAAAAUAUGGCCUAAAUGCGUAUUUCUAAACAUUUUAAAAAGACAUAAGAAAAAUGGUUUUUGAAACAUUUUUGUUGCAGUUAAUAUUAGUUUGGUUUAAAUACUUAUGCCGACUAGUGUAUGCAUGCGGGCUCCGGUUUUUAUUAAUUUAUUUUCUUUUUUACAAAGAAACGAUUGUUGUUUUCAUAACGAUAUGAAAGAUGGGUUUUACGUAAACCGAAGCACCAAUUUUUGGGUUUUGAAAGGUAAAACGAAAGAAAUGUGAAAGUGAAAACCGGAGCCCGGCUGAUAGAAGAAACGGAAAGCUGGCUAAAUUAAUUGUAUAUCGGCGCGAAGUCAAGCGGCAGCCGAGAGUCGUAUAUCGAAGUCCUAUGAAAAUAAUGCGUUGUAAUUAUAUGUACUAAAACCUAAUGAAUUAUUUAAAAAAAUCCAUAAGAAAAUCUAAAAAAAAGAACAUCAUUAAAAAGGAACAAAACAAACUACAAGGAACCCGAAAAUUGUAAGUUAAAUAAAAACGUACGAAAAAACAGAAAAUUAAAA